AGACUUGUAAAUGGAUUCUGUGCAAAAAUAUAAAUUAAGUUAAUUAAAAAUUAAUAAAAGUGAAAUUUUCUUUUGUCUACAUCUUUUACUGUGGUUCUUGAAAGGGUUAAAGUGUUUAUAUUAUUUUGAAAAAUACAUCAAAACAAAUUUUUUCUUAACCAUUAAGCAACAAGUGAUGAUUGCUGCAAUCACAAUGUCCCAAAGGAGAAGAGCAAUAAAAGUUCAAAACUAUAUUAGUGAGGAGGAAAUAUAAAAUAUUUCUCUCUAUGGUGAAUGAUUUGAGAAUCUUGUGAAUUGAGAAGUGCGCUUGUUUUUUUAUUAUUUUAAUUUUCUUCGAGAGGAGAAUUACACUGAAAUAUGACCUCAGAGACACCCACGUGCUUCGUUAUACACAUUCGCAAUAUAUUCGCAGUUCUUUGCGGUGAAUUCAAACACCAAUGUACGCACAAUUGAUACGAGUUAUUGGUCUUAUUUUAAUUAUUGGCGUAAAGUGCGGUGUUCAAAAAUGCUAUGGAAGUGUGAAAAUAUGGACAUUUAUUCCAUUUUAAUGCGGGUAGCAGCAUACAAGAAAUGUCAAGGGAAGAGUACGGUUUUCUCAACGGUGGCACAAUUGUGGAUAGGGAUACUGCAUCAGCUAGCAACGAUUCAACAUUGAGUCAACUGAAGUUAGUUCGGACACCGGAUCUUGAACCAGGUGUUACUAUUAAAUUGGAGGAGUCUCCUGAUACCUAUCCUUGGCUUAAUACUGACAUUGAAUCAAAUUUGCUACGACACUCAGAUGAUCCUCUUCUCUCGAAAGCAACUGAUGACCAUCAGCAAAAUGAAUUGGCAACAAUUAAAACAACAAUCUCAUCAUCAUCUUUUCCUGCGAAUCAUCAACAAAUGGCAACAUCAUCCUUUGAGAGGCGCAAAAGCACGCGAUCGCGGAGGAAGGGACAAUUCAAGUUACGCUUCCAUCAUCAGGCUCUUCCUCAGGAGUACCUUGAGCAUUUUGAAGCCUCCAAAGGGAAUCCGCGGAAAGAUGAUGGAAGUAAGUUGACAGUGUCAUCCGUUAUGGAUACCCCAGAAUCUCCGCAGGAGCGAACGAAUGAAAGCAUUCGAAAUUGGUUGCAAAAGAUUAGUGAGUUACAGAGUGAAGCGGUGCCACCCACGCCGGAGGCUGAAAUCGAAGUGGAAAGAAAGCCAACACCAUCGACGACCACUAAAGCAAUAAAGUACAGUGAUUUGCCAUAUAUGGGUGAAAUAACACUUGAAAAUAGCAAACCACGACGAGGAAGGAAGCCCAAGAAGGCCGAUAUAUGUCACUUGAUCUACAAGAAUUACGGUACCAUUUUUCCUGGUACACCAAAAGACAUGAUGGAUGGAGAAGUGUCCAAGGAUGAUGCAAAAAAAUCGGAAUUUCAGCCGAAAAUUAUCAAUUCACUUCUUGAGAAGCGACUCACACAGAAGGAAGCCCGAUCUUUGGAGGAACCUCUAAAUCUGUGCGUUCGUGAUAUGGAUUCUGUGAUUUUGUCCGAUGAGGAAUCCGAAAGUGUGGCUGAGUCGAGUCGCACAAGUCCCCUCAUUGGUGUAUCUGACUUAACUGGGGAUCCACUUUUGGAGCCAAAUCUCAAAAUGACAUUGCCCAACUUCAAAGCUGCACUACUAGAUAAAGCUCUCAUGCCCGAAACACCAUCAACAGGUGACUCAGCUUCUGGGCCAUAUGCCUACUGGCCUAAUGCUGCUAACACCUUCAUCCACCCUAUGUUGCCCUACUAUCAGAAAAUGAUUGAAGGGGAAAAUAAAAAGGACUGUGAUAUGGCUAAAAGUGAACUGAAGAUUCAAUCGACAAAAGGGCAUGAGAAGAAACAAGGCAGUAGUAGUGCAACACGACCAAGUCCAGCAUCAUCAUCCUCAGGAAGUUCGCCAAAGGUACCAACAGGGGGUUCUCAUAAAAGGAAGAGAUCAGCAAUUUUUAUACCACCAAUACCAGCAGAAAAUGCUUCAAAUCCAACAACUGAAGUUAGCAUUUGCAAAUUUAAAUUUACAGGCGGUGCUAAACCAAGUCUUCAGGAAAAAAAGAUGUUGUCUGUGGAUUCAGGUGGAAAUUUUCGCUAUUACAGUGGUACUGGUGAUAAAUCAAUGCGAGGCUAUGAAUUUUUUCCACGAGAGAGUCUUCAGCAGUCUGGACUGGUGACUGGUUCAAGUGCUGGUGCUUUCCUCAACACUUCCCCAAGUGAGAAAAUCAACAUCGAUACGAUCCCGCCGACUGAUAUUCAUCCACGAACUCUCCAAAAUACACCGGGAAAAGUAAAUAAAAGCCCAACGCCAAGUCAGAGAGCUGAUCAUAGGAAGAGGAAAUCACGAAGAUCUCUCCAAAGGGAAAAGUUAGAGAAGACUUUUAAGGAGAGGGGCUUCCUCAUUCAAACGCAACAAACAGAAUCUGCAGAAGGAGCAACAUAUUGCAAGUUUCGACAACUUAAAAAAUUCACACGGUACCUUUUUCGAAGUUGGAAGGACUACCUUCCGGGGGAUUUGCAACAGCAGCAGCAGCAACAACAGCAACAACAACAGCAACAGCAACAGCAGCAGCAGCAACAACAGCAAAAUACUGAUAACAAUUUUAGAGCACCUUCAAGUGAAUAAUGCACAAGUGGACAUGAAAUAUUGUGUGAUCCUGCUGAUUAGUGAAUAGUUAAACUGGCACUAGAAUCAGGUUAUUCUUGUUACUUAAAAUCGUUAUCUAUUGCAUUUCAUUUCAAGUCAUUGUGGGUUAUAAUGGUUUUAGCAAUUUUGUUCGAAUGACGACCUUAUUGCUUUUAAAAAUGUUGAAAGAACUUCAUGAAAUAAAUUAUUAGGAUUACAAUUUUAUUAAUUGUACAUUUAAAAGACUUCUGGUCAAUUGUUUGUUUAGUUCAACAUAAUUUACACAAAAUAAUGUAUUAUAGUUUACCUUUGCUACACAUAUAAUUUUGUCCUUAAGAAACGAAGGAAAUCCAUUAAUUGCCAUUUACAAUGCCAGCUAGCAUUUUAUAGAGACAAUUUUAUUUAAUUUAAAAUAAUCUAUUGAAAAAUAAAAAUGAUACCAUACGUGUUUUGUAUAUAUAGGUACCUACAUGAUCUUUUAUAAAAAAAUAAAUAAGGAGUGCAUAAUUUCUUUUUAACUUUACACAUAUUGCCAUAAUAUCAGGUAGGGAUGAAGUGGGAGAACUUAUAUUAAUAAUUAAUUUAUGUAAUUCUAAUUUUGAUGCAAAAUACGAAAUUCUAACUAGAACAGUAAAAUAGAAAUAUUUCUGUUCUAUAACCUUUACUCAGGCCGCUUUUUUUCUUCUUUUAAAACGUUUUUAUCUUAUUUUUGGGUUGCUUACUUCAUUUUGACUUCCUUGUAAAACAUACGCAUAGUACCAAAGAUUAUAAUUGCCUUAUUUUAUGUACAUAUAACAUUCAUAGGGAAGGGAGCUCGUGAAUGUAAAUUUCUAGUCGUACCUAGGUACUUUAAAAAAAUGUAAAAUAAUCUGAUAUAUGUGUAAAAUAUGUAUAUGUAGAUAAUCUUAACAUUUUAAGUAAAUUGAGACAUUUAUUAGAAAAAAAUAUGUUGAAAAAAUUAUAAUUAAAAAAGAAUUAUAUAAAUAUUUUAAUUUC